AUGCAUCAUCCCAUCAUCAAGGCUUUUCCAAUCCCCGAGGGUGGGUUCAAUGAAUUCACCGAUUACAGUGUCAUCAUUCAGGGGCAUGGAUCAGUGUGUGUGGGUGCCAACGAGGCGAAUCGUGUUGCCUGGGAAAAUCGCACUUCCCAGGUGGCCAAGACCGCUAUCCGUAGCGGACGCGGAGGCAAGUGCUACUUCACCACAUUUCCGAGCCUUACCACAGCGAAAGAGAGGACAUGUAAAUAUGUGAUCGGCAUCGGGGCUUGCGAGGAUAUGAAGGUAGUGCCACGUUUGGACACGCCGAGAUCCAAACCCGGGGAUCACCUAAUUGCCCGCUCGCCACGUGCUGAAGCAGCACGAGCCAAUGAGAUGGCAGCAGGGCGUUGA